CAAGAGCAUUUGCUGCUUCGUGUCAGGAACAAUAGCUACAUAGAUGCACUCUGAAGCUGGACUGAUUUUACUAUGUACACUAAAUUAUGCUGUGACAGAGGAAUUCAUUAAGGACGUCUGCCGUUUUGAACCGUGGGCUUACUUGACUGUACAUGCCAAGCUAUUGAUCAUGUCACUACCAGAGGAGGAUCUCACAUGCCCUGUGUGCUGUGACAUCUUCACAGACCCUGUUUUGCUGCCAUGUAGCCACAGUUUCUGCAGGAGCUGCCUGAAGCGUUGUUGGGACACAGGGUUACGUGAAUGUCCAGUAUGCAGGAAAAAAACCUCCAAGUCCAAUCCUCCCUCCAAUUUGGCUCUGAAGAAUGUGUGUGAGGCUGUUCUGCGGGUCAGGAGGCAGAGUUCAGCGUCAGUGGAGGAGAAGAUGAACUGCAGUCUGCAUGGGGAGAAGCUGAAACUCUUCUGCUUGGUUGACAAACAGCCCAUCUGUGUGGUGUGUCAGUCUUCUAAACUGCACAAAACUCACAACUGCUCGCCCAUAGAAGAGGCAGUGCUGGAGUGCAAGGAUGAGCUUGCUUUAUCCCUUAAAAUCUUGCAAGACAAAGUGGACAGCCUCAAACAAAUUCAGAGGACUUCUGCAGACAUGUCCAAGUGCAUCCAGACUCAGGCGCUGGAAACACAGAGACUGAUCAGGAGCCAGUUCGAGCAGCUCCACCAGGUCCUCUGCCAAGAAGAGACGGCCAGAUUAGCAGCUGUGAAGAAAGAGGAAGAAGAGAAGAUUGCAGGGAUGAAGGAUAAGAUUAAAGAACUUUCUGCAGAGUUGCUGUCCCUCACAGAGACCAUCUCAAUCAUACAGGAGCAGCUGAAAGAAGACGAUAUGGUUUUGUUGAAGAACUUUAAAGUCACUCAGGACAGAAGCAAAAGCAUGGUGCUCGGCUUAGACGACACGUCGGGAUUACUGAUUGAUGUGACCCAGCAUCUCUGCAACCUCAAGUAUAGAGUCUGGGAGAAAAUGCUGGACCAUAUUGACUACACUCCGGUGACUUUAGACCCAAACACAGCACACCCCUGCCUCAUCCUGUCUGAGAACCUCACUUCCCUCAAAUACUCAAAGCAGCCCUGCUGUUGCCCUGACAACCCAGAGCGCUUCCACAUGAGUGCUGAAGUGGUAGCCAUGACCCCGCUUGGCUCAGGAAGUCACCACUGGGUCGUGGAAACAGGAAGUAAUCAGGACUGGCUCCUGGGUGUGGCCUCUAUGUCUGUACCUAGGAACGCUGAGAUCUCUGCUCGGCCUGAAAAUGGCUUCUGGACUUUGUGUUUCCGCGACGGAGAGUUCAGGGCAAUGACCUCCCCACCCACCCCACUGACACUUUCAAGAACGCCCAAACAAAUCAAAGUGCAACUGGAUUACAACAAAGGGACAGUGUCCUUUUUUGACCCCGCUGACAACUCAGUCAUUUGUGCAUUUACACACUCAUUCACAGAAAUGUUACUUCCAUACUUUUACACACAGAGCAGCCAUCCACUGAGAAUAAUGCCAGAGAAGGUAAUUGUCACUAUGUUGCGUCAAUAACUGGGUGAACGUUUAAUUGAUUAUGUUAAAAAAGAUACCAUUUAAGUCCUGUUUUGAUAAAUGAAAUCAAGUGUAAUGUUAAUGUCUCUCACAGAUGGUAAAUAUUCUUCAUUUUAGUCGUUUUGCUGCUAUAAAGACAUUUGUGUUUGUCAACUCUUCUCAGAGGAAUAGUUAACAUUUUGGAAACAGCUCGCCGGGCUCUUUCCAGGGGCGAAAGUUGCCUAAUUCAAGUUUGUUUAUGGGUGCAAAAACUUGAGUGUGAAAUAUAACAUUUCACUGUUUUACAGGGGUAACUGAUUGGGUUUAGUAACUUCCUGGCGUCUCUGCUGGAUGCCUUGCAACAUGUCCAGCACAUAACCCCCCUUGCAAAAUGGCAAAAUGUUGUUUUUUGCACUUCAACUGAGAUAUGACAUGUUCAUGAGUUGAGCUUUAGAGGUGAUGGAAUUGGACUUAGUGUUAUCUGUUUCCCCCCAGUUUCCAAUUUUUAUGCUAAGCUAAGCUAACUGGCUGCCGGCUCUAACUCUAUCUCUAGAAAAAGUGAUAUAUCGAUCUUCUCAUCUAACUCUUGGCAAAAAAUCUAAUACACAUAUAUCCCAAAAUGAAGAGUUAUUUAA